AUGAAGCCAGUCGUUAUUGCCUCCUUCCUCGCAACUCUUGCCACUGGGCUCUCCCUGAACAACAGGGCCCCCGUCUCGUACGAUGGCUAUCAGGUGCUCCGCGUCAAGACCUUGAGCAAGCUCGCUUCCGUCCAGGACAAGCUAUCAGCGAUUCCACAUGAGCAAUGGAACCACGACAUCGACACCCACAUUGACAUCGUUGUGUCGCCAGACCAGAUCGCGAAUGUCGAAUCGGCAGGACUUGACUAUCGUGUCCUCCACAAGAACCUCGGUGACUCUAUUGCCGCAGAGUCCCAAGCCAGGAGCGCCUACAAGCGUGAUGUGAACGACUUGGCCUGGUAUGAUACAUACCAUCCUUACGCCGACCACGUGCAGUAUUUCAGAGACCUUCACGAGUCGUUUCCCAACAACUCUGAGCUGGUCUACUCUGGCCAUUCAUACCAGAACCGUUCCAUCCACGGGAUUCAUCUCUGGGGUGAUGAUGGCCCAGGAAAGCCUGCUGUGCUUUACCACGGCACCGUUCACGCAAGAGAGUGGAUCUCGGCUCCUGUGGUGGAAUACAUAACUCUCCAGCUCAUCAAUGCCCACAGGAAUGCAACCAAUGCUUCUGAUUCAUGGCUAAACACCUACGACUGGCACAUUUUCCCCGUCGUCAACCCGGACGGCUUCGUCUACUCACAGGAAGUUGAUCGUUUGUGGCGGAAGACGCGCACUCCUCCACCACCUCCUCCCCAGAACCAGUCCUGUUUUGGUACAGAUAUCAACAGAAACUGGGAAUACGGAUGGGAUGUGAACCCUCUCGGAGCUUCCACCAACGCUUGUGCCCAGGCUUAUCGGGGUCAACGGCCCUCUGACACCAUCGAGAACCAAGGACUCGAUGCGUACGUGCGCAAGCUCCGUGACACGGUGGGCAUCAAGUUGUACAUUGACUGGCAUAGUUAUGGCCAGUAUAUUCUCUCGCCAUUUGGCUCGAAGGAAGAAUGGUACGCUCCUGAGCUUGGUAAAUGGACCAAGACGGCGUCUAUCUUGAGCGAAGUCAUCCGCGAUAGCUCUGAGCGACGCACAACUUUCACUUUCGGCCCCAGUGGUGCGACACUUUACACCACUACUGGUGCUGCUCCGGACCAUGUCUACGCCGUUGGCGGUGCCGACUUCUCGUACACUAUCGAGCUUCCGGAUACUGGAGACUACGGUUUUGUGCUGCCUCCUGACCGGAUUAGGGGAGCCGCUGAAGAGCAGUGGGCUGGCCAACAGGCUUUAUUCCCUCUUUUGGAUGAGGUAUUCUUCGACGGCAUCGGCCCUGCGUAG